UCAGAAAUUCUGGAAACUUGACUUUGUUGGAGCUUGAGGAAGUCCAGAUAAAACAGCUGUUGCUCCAACAGCUGUUAGAGUGCGUUGCUAUUUUGUGUUUGAUCAGAGCAGCUUUGUUCCACCACUGAAGAAAGAUGCUCAUGGGUUCUUCAAUAACUAGGAAAAAUGGAGACUACUUCCAGCUUUUUUGAAGGUAAAAGGACUUGUAAAGCAACAUAUAGAUUCAUUCAAUUAUUUCAUCAAUGUAGAGAUAAAGAAAAUAAUGAAAGCCAAUGAAAAAAUUACAAGUGAUGCUGAUCCAAUGUGGUAUUUAAAAUAUCUCAAUAUUUAUGUGGGUACUCCAGAUGUUGAAGAAAGCUUUAAUGUAACAAGACCUGUUUCUCCUCAUGAGUGUCGCCUGAGAGAUAUGACUUAUUCUGCCCCAAUUACUGUGGACAUUGAAUAUACUCGAGGCAGCCAAAGAAUUAUUCGUAAUGCAUUACCUGUUGGCAGAAUGCCGAUAAUGUUACGCAGUUCCAAUUGUGUUCUCACUGGGAAGACUCCGGCAGAAUUUGCAAAGCUUAAUGAGUGUCCUUUAGAUCCAGGUGGCUACUUCAUUGUCAAAGGAGUGGAAAAAGUAAUUCUUAUUCAAGAGCAAUUAUCAAAAAACCGAAUAAUAGUGGAAGCUGACAGAAAAGGAACAGUUGGUGCCUCAGUUACCAGCUCUACGCAUGAAAAGAAGAGCAGAACAAAUAUAACUGUGAAGCAAGGGAGAUUUUAUCUGAAGCACAACACCCUUUCAGAAGAUAUUCCAAUAGCAAUAAUCUUUAAGGCCAUGGGGGUUGAGAGUGACCAAGAGAUUGUGCAGAUGAUUGGAACAGAGGAGCAUGUGAUGGCUGCAUUUGGCCCCAGCUUGGAGGAAUGCCAAAAAGCUCAGAUUUUCACACAGAUGCAGGCAUUGAAAUAUUUGGGAAAUAAAGUCCGAAGGCAGCGAAUGUGGGGAGGUCCCAAGAAAACCAAGAUGGAGGAAGCAAGAGAGUUGUUGGCAACAACUAUUCUUGCCCAUGUGCCGGUAAAAGAAUUCAACUUCCGCUCCAAGUGCACAUACACAGCUGUGAUGGUCCGCAGGGUGAUACUAGCUCAGGGAGAUAACAAAGUGGAUGACAGAGAUUAUUACGGAAAUAAGAGGCUGGAACUAGCAGGACAGCUUCUGUCCCUUCUAUUUGAAGACUUGUUCAAAAAAUUCAACUCUGAGUUGAAGAAAAUCGCUGACCAAGUAAUUCCCAAGCAAAGAGCUGCCCAGUUUGAUGUAGUUAAGCACAUGCGGCAAGAUCAGAUCACCAACGGUAUGGUGAAUGCCAUUUCGACCGGAAAUUGGUCAUUGAAGAGAUUCAAGAUGGAUCGACAGGGUGUGACUCAAGUAUUGUCACGCUUGUCCUAUAUCUCUGCUUUGGGGAUGAUGACAAGGAUUUCUUCUCAGUUUGAAAAGACCAGGAAAGUGAGUGGGCCCCGAUCUCUGCAACCAUCUCAGUGGGGAAUGCUGUGCCCAUCAGAUACUCCUGAAGGAGAGGCCUGUGGCUUGGUUAAAAACUUAGCACUGAUGACUCACAUCACUACUGACAUGGAAGACGGCCCUAUUAUUAAAUUAGCUGGUAACCUUGGAGUAGAAGAUGUAAACCUUCUGUGUGGAGAGGAACUUUCAUAUCCAAACGUGUUUCUUGUUUUCCUUAACGGUAACAUCCUUGGUGUUAUUCGAGAUCAUCAGAAACUGGUCUACACAUUCCGGCUAAUGCGUAGAGCAGGCUAUAUCAAUGAAUUUGUUUCAAUCUCCACAAAUCUUGCAGACAGAUGUGUCUAUAUUUCUAGUGAUGGUGGAAGGCUAUGUAGGCCCUAUAUUAUUGUGAAGAAGCAAAAACCCUCUGUAACAGAAAAGCACAUGGAAGAACUGGCACAAGGUUAUAGGAAUUUUGAAGACUUUUUACAUGAAAGCCUUGUUGAAUAUUUGGAUGUGAAUGAGGAAAAUGAUUGCAACAUUGCACUCUAUGAACAUACAAUCAAUAAAGAGACAACACACUUGGAGAUUGAACCUUUUACUCUUCUUGGAGUCUGUGCUGGUCUCAUUCCAUAUCCCCAUCAUAACCAGUCUCCAAGAAACACUUACCAGUGCGCUAUGGGAAAGCAAGCUAUGGGUACCAUUGGCUACAAUCAAAGGAAUAGGAUUGAUACCCUUAUGUAUCUGUUAGCUUAUCCUCAAAGACCAAUGGUUAAGACAAAAACAAUAGAACUCAUUGAGUUUGAAAAACUGCCGGCUGGACAGAAUGCGACGGUUGCUGUGAUGAGUUACAGUGGUUAUGACAUUGAGGAUGCUCUGGUUUUAAACAAGGCUUCUUUAGACCGAGGCUUUGGAAGAUGCCUUGUGUACAAAAAUGCUAAGUGUACUCUCAAGCGUUACACAAAUCAAACAUUUGAUAAAGUAAUGGGGCCCAUGCUGGAUGCGGGAACACGUAAACCGAUUUGGCGACAUGAAAUUUUAGAUGCUGAUGGUAUUUGCUCUCCAGGUGAGAAAGUGGAAAACAAGCAAGUGCUUGUGAAUAAAUCGAUGCCCACAGUGACCCAAACCCCUCUGGAAGGGAGCAGCGCAUCUCAGCAAUCUCAGUAUAAAGAUGUGCCAGUAAUUUACAAAGGUGCAACUGAUUCGUACAUUGAAAAGGUCAUGAUAUCUUCCAAUGCAGAAGAUGCUUUUUUAAUCAAAAUAUUACUAAGGCAAACUAGGCGCCCAGAAAUUGGAGACAAGUUUAGCAGUCGUCAUGGGCAAAAAGGAGUCUGUGGACUGAUUGUACCUCAGGAAGACAUGCCAUUUUGUGAUUCAGGAAUCUGUCCUGAUAUCAUUAUGAAUCCCCAUGGCUUCCCAUCACGUAUGACG